AUGCAGACACACCAAAACGAACAGGAAGACCGAUUCCCAGAGCUUCAGGCUCUUUCAUCCCAGCCACAGAGUGAGGACUGUCAGGAGCAGAGCAGUAAUCUCAUCCGACCCCAAAAACCUCUCAAUCCUUUAACUGCCUCCAAGAGCCACAGGCAGCUCCACAAAGAACUGCGGAUGACCCACAAGAGAGUGUCUCAAGAAGGGAGGACUGAACUCCAGAGAGCUUUAGAAAAGAGAAAAUGGGAACAAAGGAUGAAAGCAAGCAGGGAGCAAGAAGAGGCAAAGAAGAACCGAUCACCACUUCAUCAAGAGCUGUUGAAAAGACAUCAGAGGCUAGACAAGCUGGAGAGCAGCAAAGCGCAACAACAAGAUGAACCAGAGUUCCUCCGAGUCAAAGAGAGAUUGAGAAGAACUGCAGUGUUGGAUACAGGAGAAGAAAAAGCAUGUUAA